AUGGAAAAUUCCAUUUUGACUAACAAGCCAAUCAGGUUGGCCAUUUAUGUCCUAGAAAGCAGCAAUUCUCGACGACUGACAUACUUCAUGCCACCUCUGAAUCUCAUUCCCCUCCUCUGUAUCCGCCCCAUGCGGCUUUUCCUCUCCGCCGGAACAGUUCGCAGCGUACGCAUUGUAUUGCUUCGAGCCACCCACCUCCCGUUUGUUGCAUUGAUAUGGGCGUACGAGUCUAAAUGGCGACAUCCAAAACGACAGACCAGCCAGCUUGGCCCAAUGUUGGCACGCGGUCAAGAAACUUCUGAAAACCCGACUGAGUCGAGGUGCCAGGACCCACAACACCCCUCAGUAGUUGAAAUAAAUCGCCUAGGCCCUGGAAAAGCACCCAGUGUGGAUCAGCAAGCCGCGCGUGAGCUAGACAUGGGGCAAUUCGGGCAAGUACCGCAACUUGCCGACCUGAUCGACACGAUAGAGCGACUACGAACUCAAGUGGAGGCUAUUGCUCAGCGAAAGUGA